CAAUUACAUCAAACCAUAAAAUGCAAAUAUAAUUGUAGCCACAAAAUCCACUAAAGUCAUCCUCUUCAGUCUCCACCAUGGCCAGUUUUCUCUCCUUGUUUAUUGUUUCUUCUCUAACACUAGCCCUCGUCCUAAUUUCCGUCACAGGAGAAUCUAAUUUCUUGCAUCACAAGAAAGAGAAACUAACUCAUUUCAGAGUUUACUGGCACGAUAUCGUAACCGGCCAAGAUCCGUCUUCGGUGUCAAUCAUGAAUCCUCCGAAAAACUACACGGGGCCAACGGGUUUCGGUCGCAUGCGUAUGAUUGAUAACCCUUUAACGCUCACCCCAAUAUUAAGCUCCAAAAUGGUGGGAAGGGCACAAGGGUUUUAUGCAGCCACAUCUAAAGAAGAGAUAGGAUUAUUGAUGGCUAUGAAUUUUGCGAUUCUUGAUGGGAAAUACAAUGGAAGCACGAUUACAGUUUUCGGAAGAAACUCGGUGUUUGAUAAGGUGAGGGAGAUGCCAGUGAUCGGAGGGAGUGGACUUUUCCGAUUUGCUAGAGGUUUUGUUGAAGCAAGAACACAUGAGUUUCAUCUUAAGACAGGGAACGCCAUCGUCGAGUAUAAUUGUUAUGUUUUGCACUAUUGAUUUGUCAUUUCUUGUUUAUUAGUAUUAUUUAUUGUAUGGUUUUUCAUCUCCACAUAGUGGUGGUGGGAAUCAGGGUUUCAGUCACUUUGACUACUUUUCCUAGAACAAAGGUCGCAAUACUGAUGUAGACAUAUGAUGUCACAAAAUAAAGCAUUCAGUUAUUUAUCACUAAA